ACGACGUUUUUUUUUCGAGACGAGACAAGAAAACUAUUAAAUAGAAGAAAAUCUACCCUCGAAUAAAAUUUUUGUCUCGUGAAAAAACAAUAAAAAUAAAUAUUUUGAUUGAAAUCGAAUAAAUUAAAAGAAAUCGAACGCAAAAAAAGUGACUCAUGAGAAAAAAUUAAAAUCUUCCGAGCACGUAACUCGAGAACUGUUAGAAAAGCAUUUUUGGAGAAAAGUAAUUAAAAUUUCAAUUUUAUUACUUUUGGGUGACACAUUGCUCUUCAAUACGAAAAAAAAUAUAAAUAAAUAAAAAUAUUGAUAAAUAAACACGAAAAUAUUGAAUAACAAACAAAAACAAUGCAAUGCGUUGAUUUGAAAAGUGAUAAGUCAUAAAUUUAUUUUUUUUUCUUGAAGUAAGUAUGUCUUAAAAAAAUGCUCAACUAACGAAAAAACACAAAUUUGACUAACAAUGAGACACAUUCAGUCGUUAUCAAUGUCGUUGGCAAUAAAAAAAUUCACACCAUUUGUCCGAUUGCUGUUUGUAAUGCAAAUAUUGGUGAGGAACGUGGGCGCUGGCAUACAAAGAAAUUCGCUCAUUUGCAACGACACGACGCACGAACAUCAUCCGCACUAUGCGAAGCUCGUAAAGACGACGACGACAGAAAAGCCAUUUAUCGAGUAUUACAUGGAACAUGAGGUGACGGAGAAAGAGGCGAGACACACGAUGCAGCUGCUAAUGCGACGCGAUAAGGAUUUCGAUAACAAGAGACCCGUGCGAUAUUGCGAAAAAUGCACGGAACAAAUACAGAAAUAUUGUCUCGGGCCGACAUUUCUCAAGGAUCAUUGUUGCUGUGAUUUUAGGCACGAAACAGAAACUCUGCCAUUUAUUCCGCACUCGUGCUACGCAGCGGAGGAUCAAUGUCGUCCAAGCUCCAUUGUUCAAAGUUCCUGCAUGAAUUACGAGGAGAUGCGGGAAUGUUGUUGUGAUCAGUUGUUAAAGAAAACUUAUAAAGCCAUUUAUUCCAACUCACCGACGAUCAACCGGCUUUGGAGCAUCAUCUUCUUGUGUUUAAGUCUCGUUGCUGGUUUUGUGAAAGUGAAUUCUGCUAAUUAAUUAAGAAAAAAAUGAUUCCUUUUAAUUUUUACGAAAGAAAAGUCAAUAAAAUGCCUUUUAACGUUAGAAAGUGUAAGAAAAUUAAACCAAAUAAAUCAAUCAAAGUGUAUUUAAAG